AUGUUGAUUCGUCAAGUUGUAUCGGGAAGUAAUUCCAUUGAAAAAAUUUAUAUUGUCAAUGCAGAUAAGCAAAUAUUCAUUGAAGAGACUAACGAAAAAUUCAUAGGAACGAAAGAUAGUAAUAAAGUUGUGAUAUCUAGGCAAGAACACAACCCAUGCAGCAGCGCGUCGGAACGCGUUGGAAAGGAUGAGUACAUACUUCAUGAAUCUAUGGAUGAAACUAACAUCAGUGUAGAACAUAACGAGUCUUCCGAAAGAAAAAACAAAACUAGCGCAAAAGAUGAUAACCACUCGUGUAUUAGACCAUUAAAAGAUGCACAGCGAUCCGCAGCGAAUCAAUGUUUUAUUUGCAACAUAUGCCAGCUCACAUGUACAUCGAAAAUGCAUUUGAAAAGUCAUCUCGAACAAACUCAUAAUCAUAUGUUACCCUACGAAUGCACGUUUUGCGUUUCAGGAGAGAUUAAAAAUAUUAUUGGACUGAACAAACACUUUAGUCAACAUGAUCAGAAGAAAAUUUUGAAGUGUAAUUAUUGCCAAGCCCGUUUUGAUAGCAUCAUUCAUCGGAGAAUUCAUCAACAAGGUUUUCAUUUAGAAGAGCGGAAGAAUGUGAAAUGUAUUGACAGUGGUCAUGUUCGUCGGUACGCGUGUCGAUAUUGUUGGAAAAGAUUUGCCGCCAAAUCUAGCUUUGAUAGACAUGAACGAAACCAUGAAAUGAAACUUCUACAUGCCGGUGCAUUGGACAUUCUUGAUUUUGCAAAUCGAUGUAAUGUCUGUGAUAAACAAUGUGCUUCUAAAGAUACACUGGAAGAUCAUCUAAAGACGCAUGCCGAUUUGUUACCUUAUUAUUGUGAUAAAUGCGUAUCAUCUAAAGUGACAAUUGGAUCUGUGCGUUUACUUAAUAAGCAUAUAGCUCUGCACAUAGAUGAAAAAUCGAUUCAGUGUUUAUAUUGCAUCAAAACAUUUAUCACAAUUUCAGAUUGCAAAGAACAUGAAAAACUGCACCAUGAUCAGAUAACAAACUUUGAAUGUGAAACCUGCGAAAAUAGUACGAUGAAUUCAACCGACACUGUAAAAGCGAACAAUACCGAAACUGCACGCUUUCAAUGUGCAUAUUGUGAAAACUCAUACUCUUUACUAAGCUCGCUGCGCCGACACGAAAAUGUUCAUACAAGAAUCAGACAGUAUAUAUGCAAUAUAUGUGGCAAAAUUUUCAACAAAUCAUCGUGCCUUUUGCAGCAUGAACGAACACAUGCAGUAAACGUUCCAUAUAAAUGCGAUUUCUGCGGCAAGAGUUUCAAGGAAACGAUUCGACUUGUCGAACAUAAGCGUAUUCACACUGGUGAAAAACCAUUCCAGUGCAACAAUUGUCAAAAACAAUUUCGUAUUAAACAGCUUCUAAACGGUCAUCUUGCAAAAUGCGCGAGUAAAGAAACAAGUUUGCUAGUCUUUCAGUGUGAGUAUUGUAAUCAGUCGCUUCUUAACAAGCAACAGUUGAUAGAUCAUGCUUUGAAGUUGCACCCAGAGCAUCUACCUCGGGAUGGUCGAUGUAGAUACUGCGAUCUGAAAGUCAACGAGGAGUCUACUUUGUUUGAACACGAGUUGCAGCAUAAGCAACCUGGAGCAAUUGAAUGUCAACAGUGUGGAAAGAUCUUCAAACAGAAAUCAAACUUAAGACGACACCUCCGGCUACAUAUUCUAGACGCUAAGUUGUAUAAGUGUGAUAUUUGCGAUAAAUCAUUCACGCAGGCAAGUACGAUGAAAGCGCACAGAAGGGUGCAUACUGGAGAGAAACCGUACACUUGUGAACUAUGUGGAAAAACAUUCCAUUACAGUUCUACAAUGAAACGUCAUAAGCGUUUUCAUUACCAAAAAGAUAGUAGAUUGUUUUUAUUUGUUCCACCUGCGUUUCCAGUUUCUACUUAG